AUGUCUUCCUCUACGUUUGGUUCACAAAGCCAGCUCACAUGCGCACCAUGUGUGUCAAGAACAGUCGAUAUCGGCACGUGCAAACAACCCAUUUGGAAAGAAGACCUGUUCUACACUGGACAUUCCCAGGUUCCCACUGAGACGGUAUCCAACACUGACGGCCUGGGGACCUGCUGUUGUGAGAAAACACCUGACCCGCCUUGUUGUAACUAUUGCUCGAGUUGUCCAAUCUCAAAAGGACUCUCUUGGGAUGUGAGACAAUUAUUUCAAACCAGCAGCUUAAAGACUAAUAUUUCUAAGUACAAAGAGAAGGUGAAAGGAAAAGGUAUUUGUUCUAUCGUGUGA